GAGGGAGAAUUCUUGUUGACGUGAUGGUCAGGUGGAGUGUGUGGCGCAGCCCGGUGAUGGUGCCCCUGUCCUGGAUAGGAGAGCUGACGACAGGUGUGCGCUGCAGCAGCAGUAUGCCGGUGGUCAGACGGGCGUACUCAUACAGCAACAGCACUAUCAGGCCUUUCAGUGAGAUUCCUGGACUGUGGAAGAAUGGGGUGGCCAACUUGUGCAACUUUUGGAAACUGGAUGGCUUCAAAAACCUUCACCGCAUCAUGUUGCAGAACUUCAACACUUUUGGACCCAUUUACAGAGAAAAAGUAGGUUAUUACGAAAGCGUCAACAUCAUCAAUCCUGAAGAUGCUGCUAUCCUGUUCAGAGCGGAGGGCCAUUAUCCUAAGAGGCUGAAAGUUGAAGCAUGGACAUCAUACAGAGACUACAGGAAUCGCAAAUAUGGAGUUUUACUAAAGAAUGGAGAAGACUGGAGAUCAAACCGUGUGAUUCUCAACAAGGAGGUGAUUUCCCCGAAGGUGAUGGAAAACUUUGUGCCUUUGCUGGAUGAAGUGGGUCUGGAUUUUGUGGCCAGAAUUCACAAAAAGAUAACGCAAAAUGGCCAGAACAAAUGGACCACUGACCUCUCUCAAGAGCUCUUUAAAUAUGCACUUGAGUCCGUGAGCACAGUGCUGUAUGGAGAGCGUCUAGGUUUGAUGCUGGACUACAUCGACCCUGAAGCUCAACAUUUUAUUGACUGCAUCACCCUCAUGUUCAAGACUACCUCACCCAUGCUGUACAUACCUCCUGCUCUGUUGAGGCAGAUUGGAGCGAAGGUAUGGCGCGACCAUGUGGAGGCUUGGGAUGGGAUCUUCAACCAAGCGGACCGCUGCAUCCACAACAUCUACAGGCAGUUACGUCUGGAAGGUGGCCCUCCAAAGAAAUACCCAGGAGUCCUGGCUAGCCUGCUCAUGCUGGACAAGCUGUCCAUUGAAGACAUCAAGGCGAGCAUCACUGAGCUAAUGGCAGGAGGCGUAGAUACAACUUCUAUAACGCUGCUGUGGACAUUGUAUGAACUAGCUAGGUACCCCAACCUCCAGGAGGAGCUGAGGGCCGAGGUGGCUGCAGCUCGAGCUGAAAGCCAGGGAGACAUGCUGGAGAUGCUGAAGCGGAUUCCGUUGGUCAAAGGAGCUUUGAAGGAAACACUGAGGUUACACCCAGUUGCAGUGAGCUUGCAAAGAUACACAGCAGAAGAUAUCAUUAUUCAAAACUACCACAUCCCAGCUGGGACUCUGGUCCAGUUAGGACUGUAUGCAAUGGGCAGAGACCCCAAAGUGUUUUUUUGUCCGGAGCAGUAUCAGCCCUCUCGCUGGCUGAGGACAAAGACGCACUACUUCAGAAGCCUGAGCUUCGGCUUCGGCCCCCGUCAGUGUUUAGGACGCAGAAUAGCUGAGGCCGAGAUGCAAAUCUUCCUUAUCCACAUGCUUGAGAACUUCAGAGUGGAGAAGCAGCGCCAUGUGGAAGUGCAGAGUACCUUCCAACUCAUUCUCUUACCAGAGAAACCUAUAAUAUUGACUUUGAAGUCUCUACAUACAAGUCGAUAACACCAAGUUUGAGAGACAAAUUGUGGUGCAUGAUAAGCUAGGCUCAUAUCUAUAGAGCUUUAUUGCAGUGAAUUGUAAAGGUCUUAAGAAAGCACCACAAUAUAAACACUAAAUAAUCAUAAUAAUUCAAACCUUAGAUGAUGAUAGAGAACAAGAAAACAUUAAGAAAGAAAAAGCUAAAAACCUGCAUGAACAAAAUACCUCAGUAAUUCUAGAACUAGUGAUCAGUAAUUAUAUGUAUUGUAUAUUACUUAGUGAGUAAUUUCAGCAAUGAUGGUAAAGUGUAGUCUGUGUGUGUACAAUAUUUUAAACACACCUGGAAUGUACAGAUGCUUUAUUCCAUGUGCAUAUGGAAAACGUAUUGUCCAGUCCCAGAUAAAGAACUUGGCCACAGUCGGCUUUGUAAAGUGUGUUCUGAUUCAAGCAGUGGAAAACACUAUGGUAUCUAUGCCUGCAACGGCUGCAGCGGCUUCUUCAAGCGCAGUGUGAGACGAAGACUCAUCUACAGGUGUCAAGCUGGAACUGGCAGGUGCCCCGUUGACAAGGCUCAUCGGAACCAAUGCCAAGCUUGUCGACUAAAGAAGUGUCUCCAAGCUGGCAUGAACAAAGAUGGUGAGAACACCGUACGAGAUAUUUCAUACUUCUCACAGCAGAGAAGACGAGUAGUCAGAUAUUGCCUUAGACUGAAAAGGUUAAACCAACGUGUUUAAUAACGGUUUUAUCUGGAUUUUUACCAUAAACGAAAUCUGGGACUCACAGUGACGAUUGUAUUUGAACUUACUUUGUACAACGGGGACAAAGGGAAGUAAAGUAUCGACCAGAGAAGUCGAAAGCCCACUUGAGUUUUUGAUGAAGGUCAAGUAUGGAGCGGAGAGUUGUAAACACUUAAAAACCUGGCAAGACUACAAGAAUGGUGUAAUGAAUGUGUUUUCCCAGCAGUAGGGUUGUUAAGUACGCCACAGAUAGGGAAACUAGGCAUGAAUUCCAAUGUUAUUUUAUUAUAUUUUAAUUCUGCUAUUUUAUCUGCUAUUUUAAUUCAGCUAUUUUUAUACAAUUUUAAUUCUGCUAUAUUAUAUUAUUUUAA